AUGACGGGCGCCCGCCACUGUCCCCCGCUCCGGGAACCCCUCUCCUUGGCCACGCUGCAGAAAGCUUCCCUCGAAACUGGCCGCGUCGCCGUCCCCGGGGCUGGCCCCCCCGUUUACGGAGUGUUUGGAAGGUGCCAGAAGGUUCCAGCGAUGGACUCACACCGCUACGAGGUGUCGCGGGGGGCGCGGCAGCACCUGACGGCCACCUUGCAGAAGCUGUCGCGGACAGGCUUCACGUGGCAGGACGACUUCACCCAGCGUGUGAUGGCCCAGGAGCUCUCGGACCUGCCCCACGCCUACCCGCGACAUCUGGAUGCUUCCGACACAGCCAGGAGCUUGGAGUGGAGUGCAGAGAACGAGCGGAGGCCCAGUCUGCAGGAGGCCGGUGCCCUGGCCAGGGCUGUCCAGCGCUACUUGCCGUACCUAGAGGCCCUGUCGCAGGCCGCGGCUCCAAACGCUCAUCCCGUGACCAGGCUGGACAGACCAGCAGCUCAGGUGACCGCCAUCACUCACCCUGUGGCCGGAUGCUCAGCUUCUUCGGCCCGGGCGCUGGCCAUGAAGGUGCGCAUAAUGGCCCUACGGCCAUUGACCGAGGAUGCGGCUGUGCUGGACGACAUGGGUUCCGUCCGCGCUCCGGCACCGCACAGCCCCACGGCCCCGGUCCCGCGGCUGUGCCUGCCGCCCAGCACAGCGAACGCCAGCCCCUCUUGCAGUCCUGAAGACGGGGAAGGCCCCCGCGUUCUCCGCCAUAUCGCCGUGCUGUCCGCGCCCUGCUCCGAGGAAUCCGACCGCACGGGCAUGACCUCCCGAGUGGUGAAUGACUCUGCCGGACCAGCCUCCAUGGGUCCGCCCGGGCUCCUGUGCGUGGCGCUUCUGCCACUGACCGUCUGGAAGCCAUCCUGGAUUGCUCUCAAGGUAGCCUUCCCGUUCCAGAAGAAGGUGGGACUGGUGUCUUUCACGGGGCCCAAUUCCUUCGAGAGCCUGUGUCUGAGAGAUGUCCCCGUGCAGCGUGGACUCUGCGCUGUCCUGGCCAUCUUAGCGCCGCGCCACAUGGGCUAUUCAGAAGACAGGCACGCGGAGGAGGACAGGACCGUCUCCGACAGCCCGCGUGUCUGCAGCGACGUGCUCGUCAAGGUUGACGUCAGGCCCCCCAUGUCCAAGACCUUCUUCCCGCAGAACGUCGGCCGGAGUGCGGCACGCCCGCCUCGAGCACGCGUGAUGUGGCUGCGGCUGCGGGGGGCGAGUGCAGAGGACGCGCACGCUCCCGGGGACACGGACCGACAGAGUGCAGAGGACGCGCUCGCUCCCGGGGACAUGGACCGACAGAGUGCAGAGGACGCGCUCGCUCCCGGGGACAUGGACCGACAGAGUGCAGAGGACGCGCACGCUCCCGGGGACAUGGACCGACAGAGUGCAGAGGACGCGCUCGCUCCCGGGGACACGGACCGACAGAGUGCAGAGGACGCGCUCGCUCCCGGGGACACGGACCGACAGAGUGCAGAGGACGCGCUCGCUCCCGGGCACACGGACCGACAGAGUGCAGAGGACGCGCUCGCUCCCGGGCACAUGGACCGACAGAGUGCAGAGGACGCGCUCGCUCCCGGGCACAUGGACCGACAGAGUGCAGAGGACGCGCUCGCUCCCGGGCACAUGGACCGACAGAGUGCAGAGGACGCGCGAGCGGGGCUCAGGGACCUGGUGGGACCUAGAAGGGGUGAGGACCCCCGCGCCGACGGCGUGCUGACCUUCACCGCGCAGACGGCUGCUCUGACCUACGCUCCUGGGCCCUGGGCCGAGCACCCCGGAAGCCGCCCUUUGGGGACCCGCGGCCGGCUGCAGCCUGACGAGCUCAGCCCCAAGGUGGAUGGCGGCGCCGAAAGGCAGAGCUCAGUCGCCGCGCUGGUCACUGCUGUGGCUCGGAAGCCCCCUGCACCCCACAGGGAGGACGACCCAGGCCCUCGACACCGGCUGCGCGGACCCUGGAAAACAGCGCAGGUCCUCUCGGCCCCAGCAGCCCUCCAGAAAUGGUCUCUGCCUCCAGGAGACCCCGAGGACCCCCCAGCCUUGGGCGAUGAAACCCUCAUCCGGAGCCUCUUGAAGGACCUGGGAAGGCAGCCAGCGCCGGCGGAGGGCCUGAGCCCCCUGGAGCUCGGCGAGAUGGCCCACAUGGUUGCUGCCGCCGCGCAGGGAGCAGGUGCAGACGGGGAGCUGCGAGCAGCCGAGAAAGAAGCCACGGCAAAGCCGAGAGAGGCCGGCGUCCGCAAGCAGGCUGGGGACAGCGGGGCAGAUGACCGCGGGCCGGACGGCGGAGGUGGACUUGACAAGGAGGUCAGUCAUCUGGGCCUCAAACUUGGGGACCACCUCCAGCAUCCUGGGCCCCGACUCUUUCCUGCCGCCCCCCUUCUCAUGGAGCCCUUCAAAACGGAGAUGAAGAAAUCGGAGACCCCCGAGGUGCCCCUGACGUGGGAGGAGGAGACUGCCGGGGUGGAGGACGUCAGGAGUCAGACCUACUCCAAGGACCGGCUGGACAGGCCGCGCCCCGCACAGCCCCGGGGGCGUGGCUUUGGCGAGCUCCAGGCCUGGGUGCCGGGGCCCUCGCAGGAAGAUGCCGGCCUUGAAGCCAGAGCCCGGGGACACCCCAGUGAGGGCCUGUGGCUGGCGGCCCGGCCUUCGCAGGAGGAAGAAGGCUACAUUGUGACCGGGAAUGACCCCCUGAGUCCAGAGAAGGGGAAGGAGCUGAUGGAGAGCGUCGCGCGUCUCCUGGAGGUGCCGAUGAGUGUCUUCGCGGAGAUCGCUGUUCUGGGACCGGCUGUGACCUUCAGAGUGAGCGCCAGUGUCCGGAACCUGACGGCGGCGGACGUGGUGCAGGCUACAGUUGACGGCAAGGACGAGCUGGAACAAGCAUCUGGACUGAAGAUCGUGCGGGCCGGGAGCGGGUCGAAAAGCAAACUCAGGAUUCUGCCGCACGGAGCUGAGCAAGAGGACUCGACCCCGUUCAUCGUGCUGACCCUGGUCUCUGUCGUCGCCAUGGUUGGGGUCCUCCUGGCCUCUGCGGUCAUCUACUGCCUGCGCCACGCCUCCCACUCCCGGCUGCAGGAGAAGCUCUCGGGGCUCGGGGAGCACCCCGGCCCGGAUGCCACCGCCGCCUACCAGGAGCUGUGUCGGCAGCGCAUGGCCGUGCGCACGUCAGAGCGCCCAGAGGCCCCGCACGCGUCCCGCGUCAACAGCGUCUCGUCGCAGUUCAGCGACGGGCCGAUGCCCAGCCCGUCCACACGGAGCAGCACGUCGUCCUGGUCUGAGGAGCCAGUGCAGUCCAACAUGGACAUCUCCACCGGCCACAUGGUCCUGGCCUACAUGGAGGACCACCUGAAGAACAAGAACCGGCUGGAGAAGGAGUGGGAGGCGCUCUGUGUCUACCAGGCCGAGCCCAACAGCUCGCUCGUGGCCCAGAGGGAGGAGAACGUGCCCAAGAACCGCUCUCCGGCGGUGCUGACCUACGAUCACUCCAGGGUCCUGCUGAAGUCCGAGAACAGCCACAGCAACUCGGACUACAUCAACGCCAGCCCCAUCAUGGAUCACGACCCCAGGAAUCCCGCCUACAUCGCUACCCAGGGACCGCUGCCCGCCACCGUGGCCGACUUCUGGCAGAUGGUGUGGGAGAGCGGCUGUGUGGCCAUCGUCAUGCUGACAUCCCUCUCGGAGAACGGCGUCCGGCAGUGCUACCACUACUGGCCCGACGAAGGCUCCAGCCUCUACCACGUCUACGAGGUGAACCUUGUCUCCGAGCACAUCUGGUGCGAGGAUUUCCUCGUCAGGAGCUUCUACCUGAAGAACCUGCAAACCAACGAGACGCGCACCGUGACCCAGUUCCACUUCCUGAGCUGGUAUGACCAGGGAGUGCCUUCCUCCGCGAGGUCCCUCCUGGAUUUCCGCAGAAAAGUAAACAAGAGCUACAGGGGCCGUUCUUGUCCAAUAAUUGUUCACUGCAGCGACGGCGCGGGCAGGAGCGGCACCUACGUCCUGAUCGACAUGGUUCUCAACAAGAUGGCCAAAGGCGCCAAGGAGAUCGACAUCGCCGCGACCCUAGAGCACCUGAGGGACCAGAGACCGGGCAUGGUCCAGACGAAGGAGCAGUUUGAGUUUGCGCUGACGGCCGUGGCGGAGGAGGUGAACGCCAUCCUCAGGGCUCUCCCGCAGUGACCCCCGAGGCCGGGGGCGGCCCGCACCCGCGACCCUUGCUGCGAAUCGCGAUGCCGCUCAGCUGUGCGUCUCCAGUGCCCUCCCUCGUCCGCACGGUCCCCGGCUCCAAUGUGCAUUCGUGUUCACCCAGAUCAUGCUAAGGGGAGAUGUGUGGGGUCAUCCGGUCUCGGGGACAGUCACCGUGUCUGCUCUCCCUUCCGUUCCACGUUCUCACCCACGGUGACGCACGUCUCCCCGCAGAGAGCGGCUCCUGGCUGGAGCCCGGAGGGAUGGGCCAGCUGGGCGGGGGCAGGUCGCAGAGAAAGCGGGCGGCACGCGGAGUCCGUGAAGACCGCCGAGCGCAGGAGAGACACUUGGCGUUUGUCUGGAGGGGGCGGGAGGGCCCGGCUCCUGUUACCCUCACCGUCUGCAGCUUCGGGGAAACGAGAAUAACAUGGUCCCUGCCUCUCCCUCUGCUCCGGUGCAGGCGACACCGCCCCCGCGCUGUUGACAGCCCAUCUCCGCGCCACCCCCAAACAAGGGCAAGAUCUGGGCACACAAGCCCCAGGCCAGCCGCCCCAGGGGAGGCCUCACAUCCCCACCAGUCUAGAGCCGCAUUUUUAACUUUAAAGUCCGGAUUUGCACGUUGCCAAAGCAGCUCCUGCUAAUCCACUCUUUCCUUGGGGAUGACCGGAACUGGGGGAGCCGGCCAGGCAGGUAGCGAGCUCCGGGGUCCCCGGGGAGCCCCCUGGCCCCCGCAGGCACCUGUGCUCCCCUCUCGGGGGAUGUCCUGGGCCCUGCCGGCGUCGCAAACAGCCUCUGGGCUCCCCGUUCGCAGGAGAUGCAGGGGGACGGGCGUUUCUGGCUUUACUGGGUGUGAGAUCCCCGCAGCACGGAGAAGAGUGGAAACGGCAUUUUCUGGGCCUCCCCCUGGGUCACCUGGGUCAGACACAGGUGUGACUUGAGUGUCUUGAGGGGGUUUGAAUUUGCCACCCCCUCCCCCCCCCAAGAGAGAGGAACUCGUGUCGCUGGAAUGACGGCUUCUAAGAAGGCAGACAGACCCGUCGCAGCUUUCGUGAUAGGACUCGGUGCGGGGACACCCUUCCUUGCCUGCCGACCCCACACAUUCUUCCCGCCCCGAGCAGAGUCUGCCUCCCGGGACCCAGCAGCACCGCGGCCUGUGCUGGGGAGGAAGAGGCCGGAACACCGUCUGCGUCUUGCAGCGACACCGCAUGCCCUCCGCUGUCACAGACCCGUGACUGUUUGCCAGAGUUGUCUCUCCCUGUCUGGAAUCGAAAUAAUGAAUAGAAACAAAUUUAUCUGAAUAUAGGAAGCGUAUACCUACUUGUAAUUUCUAACUUCUGAUGUUUCAAAAAUCCUCCAGUGUGAGAUAUAUGAAUAUAUUUAGUUGUGUCAGAUUAAACUUUUGAUUUCACAUUC